GAAGUAUAUAUCUCAAACGACACACUCUCGCAGACGCUCUCUCUCUCUCUCUAUCUCUCGUUCGUACUCCACGGCGCAGAUCCGAGGAGUCUGAGAAAACCCUAGCUCGCCAAGCUCCCCGCCCUGUCGAUCCUCGCAGAUCAGCGCCUCUUCCCCUCUCUCGUUCCUCGAUCAUCACAAAUCAUCCUCAAUCAACAGCAUGGCAGGUGUGGCUCCUGAAGGCUCUCAAUUUGACCCACGUCAGUAUGAUGCUAAAAUGACUGAAUUGGUGUCCACUGAAGGGCAAGAUUUCUUCACCUCCUAUGAUGAGGUUUAUGAGAGUUUUGAUUCAAUGGGACUCCAGGAGAACCUUUUGAGGGGAAUCUAUGCUUAUGGGUUUGAGAAGCCUUCUGCGAUUCAGCAGAGGGGUAUUGUUCCCUUCUGCAAGGGUCUCGAUGUGAUCCAACAGGCUCAGUCUGGAACUGGGAAAACAGCUACUUUCUGCUCUGGCAUUCUUCAGCAGCUCGACUAUGGACUUGUCCAGUGCCAGGCUUUGGUUUUGGCACCCACCAGGGAGCUGGCCCAGCAGAUUGAGAAGGUCAUGCGGGCUCUUGGAGAUUACCUUGGCGUUAAGGUCCAUGCUUGUGUUGGUGGAACCAGUGUGCGUGAGGAUCAGCGCAUCCUUCAGAGUGGUGUGCAUGUGGUUGUCGGAACUCCUGGUCGUGUCUUUGACAUGUUGAGGAGGCAAUCUCUUCGGCCUGAUUACAUCAGAAUGUUUGUACUUGAUGAGGCUGAUGAAAUGCUUUCUAGAGGGUUCAAAGAUCAGAUCUACGACAUUUUCCAGCUCCUGCCAUCAAAGAUUCAGGUGGGGGUUUUCUCUGCCACUAUGCCCCCUGAGGCCCUCGAAAUCACUAGGAAGUUCAUGAAUAAGCCUGUGAGGAUUUUGGUGAAGCGUGAUGAGCUCACCCUUGAGGGUAUCAAGCAGUUCUAUGUCAAUGUCGAGAAGGAGGAGUGGAAGCUGGAGACUCUCUGUGAUCUUUACGAGACUCUGGCGAUUACCCAGAGUGUCAUAUUCGUCAACACCAGGCGCAAGGUUGACUGGCUAACUGACAAGAUGAGGAGCCGAGACCACACUGUCUCUGCUACUCAUGGAGACAUGGACCAGAACACACGUGACAUCAUCAUGCGUGAGUUCCGCUCUGGGUCUUCCAGGGUUCUGAUCACCACCGAUCUGCUUGCCCGUGGUAUUGAUGUGCAGCAGGUGUCGCUGGUCAUAAACUAUGAUCUGCCGACUCAACCUGAGAAUUACCUCCAUCGUAUUGGACGAAGUGGGCGUUUUGGAAGAAAGGGUGUGGCGAUCAAUUUUGUGACUAGAGAUGACGAGAGGAUGCUGUUUGACAUUCAGAGGUUCUACAACGUGGUCAUCGAGGAGCUGCCCUCGAACGUCGCUGAUCUGCUGUGAAGAGGUCAUGUCUUUAAAUUAAGGUAAGGGGGAGCUUUACCUUCUCCGAAGUGUUGGUUUUUAAUGGGCAUCAUCUCUCUGUUUCUCUUUUUCAAAAGCUAAGUAGCGUGUCUUUUUUCUUUCUUUUUUAAGUUGCCGACUUCUCUGGACAUUCUUGACCAUUUGAUUAUAUGGGGAUCCUACUGCUGCAAAUGCAAUAUGUUUCCAAGUUUUGUUGCUGGAAGGGUUUUGUAUUGAUACACCCUGAGAUUGUGCUUUUCUAAGCGUUGGCUAUUUAUCUCAAGAUAGUAGUCUGGCUCCUUAUUAUAUGGAUGAGAUUAGUUUAUAGUCUGA